GCUGAUGAGUAUUUGGAUCAACAGUCAUGUGGCAUAAUAAAAACUCAGCAAUCUGGAAAUUUUGCUUCAAAAAGCUAUCACUUAGUGGAGCAGAUCUGAUUUUGUAACAGUUGCUCUACUUCAUAGACACUACCGUUUACUGCUUCUUUGACACACACACACACAAACACACACACACACAGUAUACACACAAGAAUGCUGACAAACAUGACCUGUCACCUACUGAAAUAUUCAAAUUAUUGAAAAGCUGGUACGAUGACAGCUGUCGUUCCCUUUGCUUUUGUCCUGACACAAUCUUUCAAAUACCUUUUUAUCCAUAUACAUGUUACAUAAUGUAAGCUGUUAAUAGGGUGCUACUGUUUACUGUAGUUUUUGGUUUAGUGUUUGGGAACUUUUUUGAAUUCUAGACUCACACUGUAAAAACUAAAACAAUGUGCAAUGUCAGAUAUUACUACAAAAAAAAAACAGCACGCACAGCUACUGUCUACCAAACAGAAGUGACAGAUUACAGUUUGCCUGCCUUGUAAUGUAUGUGACAAACAGCUAAACAGUGGUCAGUAAAUGUCUCCAGUCUACUGAAGUGUGAAAAUUACCCCUAAGACCAAUCCACGUACUGCACUGUGUUAGAUGAAGUAGAUAAGUUGCACUAAAACUGCAUAAUUGUUGAUCAAUUUAUUUUAGGAAAAACUUUGUGUGAGGUGUACAACAUGUUACUGUGUAAUUGUAAUUACUGUAUAUGUCAUAAUUGUAGAAACAUUCGUGUGACAUGCAGUCAUCAUAUGAUAUGCUCUGAGUUCUAGAUGUAUGGCUGAUUGAGAUCUGACACAAUCAUUGCUUCAGAUGUUUAUGCAAAAAGGUUGUGUGGCUAUAGGUGUGAGUCUGGGGGGCAAAGGUCUCAAACUCAGGAAAUGGAAAUGAUGCGUUACUAUGUAUGUGGCAAAAAAAAAAAUCAAGUGUGUGUAUGUGUGUCAAAUAGCAUUGCUGGGUAAAAUCACAAGUUUGAAAAUCAUGAUAUAUUUUGCACAUUAUUUUCUUAUAUAUCAUAUAUUAAGUAUGGUUCCAAAUGUAAUUGUGUAAAUAACCGUGAUCGUGUAAAUAACCGUGAUCGUGUAAAAUAAAUUUAGUUUUUUUUAACUUGGAGUCUUGGAUUCUUAUAACAACCACGGGGGAUUUACAGUGUUAUGUGCAUAGAUUGUUGGUCAAAGUCGGCCAGAUUUAAUUCAAGGGAUUAUACAAAAAGUUUGCAUUAACUGUUUAGAAAUUACAGUCAUUUUUAUACACAAACCCCUAUUUUCAGAGGUUCAAAAUUAAUCGACUAGCAGUUUCAUCGCCACCUGAGACGUCUUCCCUUGCUUUAUUGUGAAGCAGUCAUUCAAAAAAUGCUUUUCACUGUAAUUUUAAAUAUCAGUUCCAAAGAGAACCUUUGGGAAAGCGAAGAUUGUCGCCACUAAAGCUGAAAAAAAAAGCUGCAAUGACCAGCUCAGCAACACCAAACAGCCUGAAAGACCACAAAAGGCAGCUGAAAUGAUGAAUUAUUUCCAUGGUUAAGAAAAAAGACUUCAUAGCAUCUAAAAAAAAAAUUAAGACGAGGAGAAGGUAGGUGUAUCAUCAUCAUCAUUACAGUCAAGAGACGCCUUCAUUCACGAAUGAAUGCCUUCAUGGAAAUAAACAACAGGGUUCACAACAAGGUGAAAAACCACUAAUCAUACCCAAGAACAGGAAGACCAAAUAAGAAUUUAGCAGAAGAUACAACAUAAGCAUAACUGAUUUUUGGAAUUAAUGACCAGGAAAUAAAUAAAGAAAUAAAAAUGAUCCAUGCACUUGAAAGUAUGUUUGCUUAUCCAAUUAAUUCUGAGCCUCUGAAAAUGGAGAACUAUUUAUGGAAACCGUUGUAAUUUCUAAAACAUUUAAUUUAAUCUAAAAGUCUGGGCUUCGAUCACAUAUCGAUUGUUUCAAUGAUAAACCCACUGUGAUGGUGUGCAGAGGCAGACAAAUUGUGGCUCCAACUGUAAUUGAAACCACGUGCCACCAGAUGUCGCUAUUUAUUUGCUAUCAAAUCCGCGUUUGCGUUGACCAGGUAGUAACACAAGCAGGCUGCAACCGCGCACACGCACACACGCGCACACCGUCACCUGUCGGAGCGGGUGGAGAUCACUGGAGCAUCUCGCUGUCUCUGCCUCAGCAGGUUGUUGACUGACUGGCGAUGACUUAAUGAAGCACAACAACUGCGAGACCCUCCCCUGUAGCUGUCUUUGCUGUUCCCCAGCCUCUGCGAUUGGAAGCACAGAGAAUAGAGGAGCAGCUGUUGGACCGAUGGAUAAGAAGCAUCAGUACGGUUCACUGGAGCGCACUGAAUGGAGCAGAGACACCCACAAAGCAGAGGACGACGUGGUUUCCAUGGCAGACUCCACCAUCACCGUGGAUGACAUCGAGGGGGAGCUCUUUAAGAUUGAGAGGAUCAGGGAUGUCCUGGUUAGGAGAGAGUCAGAGCUCAGAUACAUGAUGGAUGACAUUCAGCUCUGCAAAGAGAUUACUCGUCUGAAGAAGGAGCUUCACAAAUUAGUGUCCAUACCAGAUAAUGACAAGUCCAAUGAUGACCGGCAGAAGGAGGAAGAGCUGCUACAGCAGAUCCAAAAGCUGGUAGAGACCAGAGAUUUCCUCGUGGAUGAUGUUGAAUUUGAACGUCUCAGGGAGAAAGAGGAAGAUAAAGAAAUGGCAGAUUUUCUGAAGUCCAAAUUGCCAAGAAAUCUGAAGAAGACAGGUAUGCCAACCAGAAGGGCACCCACCCGGGCUCAGCAGACAUCUUCGCCCCUCACCAAGACAGGACUCACCCUCCUGAAAGAGUGCUGUGGCUUUACAUGCUCCAUCAUGUAGACUAAAGCCAAAUGACAGCGCUCCUCUGCAGUGCUCUUCCACAGGACUCCUUUUUCCACUUUUAGCUCCAAGAAGGACUUUAAAGCAUGGGUCGAGCAAUGACAGCGUAGUGAGCUAUCCAUCCCAGGAAUUCAGGAAGCAACUUCAUCUAUAUUUAUUUUAUUAUUAAUUUAUUAGCUGUGUCUUGGCUUUGCAGGUCAACCCAGUGUAUUUGUAUCUAUUUGUCAUUUUCACAUAGGGUUUGAAGGACAGAAACCUCAUAACCCUGGUCAUUGUAAGUAAGUUAGCACGUUCUCUUAAAGUAAAAGUGGAAAAAAAAACUACUAUAGCCCACAGGUUUAUAUCAGGAUGCUUCACUGAACUAUGAUUAUUGUCAUCUCCUCAAUAUGUGUGUACGAGUCAGCAGGAUUCUAGACACCGCUAUAAUGUUAUUUGCAUUAUGAACACUACAAUAAUGAAUCUGGCAUUAAUCGGGAGCUCUGUCAGGAUGAAGUUGCCUGUGAUCUGACUCUAGAUCCAAAUAGGUAUGACCUUUUGAAUAGUGGUGGUUUGUGAAGGAAGAGUUAGUCAUCUGUCUCUCUCUAUUAUUCUUAAAUGAUUGGUAAGCUAGCCAGGCUCAAGGAGGGUGGCUUUUGGCAAGACAGGUUUGGGUAAAAGGAAAGCGCAUAUUGGUGUUUGAGAUUUUGACAAAAAUGACUAAACCUAAAAAAUUCCCUUUAAAAAAUCUGUUAAGUUUCCAGCAGAUUUACAGUGACACCUAACAAGUUGACAUCGAUGACAGCAGUGUUGUUCAAUAUCGAGACACAAAGCCGUACAUAUGCCACUGUACUCUCAGGAUGUGGGGUCUUGUAGAUAAAGGUCUUUAGUGCACAAUGAGUCAUAUAUACAGGACAUGGGGUUCAUGGAUGUAGUGACCAAUUAAGCUAUCUUGCAUCUCUUUGUGUUGCAAAGAGGAGUUGUCGCCAUGGAAACCCACAUCUUUAGAAUGGAACAGUGAGGAAAGUUGGACGGAUCAGAGAGAUGAGACUUCAAAAGUGUAACACAUCCAAAGGCAAUUGCUAUCAUGAAAGGCAGGCGGAGAACGAAAUAAAAUUACUAUUGCCACUUCCAUUAUUUUUUUCAAUAUUCUGGAUUUCCAAAGCAUCUGAAACUCUCCCGCACUCUUUCGGAUCAUCUACAAAACAGAGAUUAAGUAAACAUGAGAUUGUUUUACUCAGCUGAAAUGUAGAUAUGCUGAGGAUACAUGUCUCUAAAGUAGAUUCUGUUUGAGACCCCUAAAUCUAUCUAAUUGGUUUAAAUGAUGUCUCUUCGGCAAGCUUUCAGUUCUUUUCUAGACUUUGAAAUGGAUACAGCUGGCUCUUCACUUGAGUGAUUGGGUCCUUUGAUCAGUCUCAGCACUGUCACGGAGCCUCGGGUCAUGUAUCACUCAGCAACCACGUAUGAUGGCGUCAUGAAAGUCCAGAAAGGAUUCAAUGAUUAUUGAAAUACUGUCUCUAACAGCCAAAUUAAAAUAUGAUGUAGCAAGUAAACUUAGCCAUAAUAUGGGUUUGUGCAAGUUUUUUGAGAAGACAGUAUACUCUGAUGAAGGCUUCAUUUUCUCUUUCUCUGAGAUAUGAAGUGAAAUGAUGAUGUGAACCAUCUCCUAGAACAAAAGCUUUUUGUUAGUAAAGGUAGGCCAAUUUACAAAUUCGCAUGGAAAGAAAUCAUCAUACCGCCUUUCUUUUCAUGCAGAUAUUGCCUUUUAUGUUGGUUCCUAUGACUGAGCUGCACAGUGAUAAAUAAAGCUUUCUGCUCUGCAAA